GUCUACUUCCGGGGUGUAAACAGCUGAUACCCGCCCAGUGGAAGCAGACAUCCCUUCCCUUGUGAGUUCAGAACUGCACGAAGCACCAGGCUCGGCUGAGUGAGAACCCCAGCCUCGACCCAGCCCGUUCUCUCAAGGCCAGAGCGCAGGAGCCUGCACCGCCUGGCAAGUCUCUCCCGCUCCCUGCAGCUGUCGUCAGCAUGGCCCAGGCUCCUGCUGAUCCAGGCAAAGAAGGCCACCUUGAACAGAGGAUCCUGCGGGUGCUGGCGGAGGCUGGCACUCCAGUGAAGCUUGCCCAGCUGGUGAAGGAAUGCCAAGUGCCCAAGAAGGAGCUCAACCAAGUCCUCUACCGAAUGAAAACGGAGCUGAAAGUCUCCCUCACAGCCCCUGCCACCUGGCGCUUGGGUGUGGCUACUCCUGGUGGUGAGGAUCCUGCAGAGCUGGCCGUCCCCAGUCCUGCCAAGAGGCCCCUGCAAGACACAGCUACAAUUCCAGAGAGCCCUGGGCCUCAGUUCAGCCAACGAGAGAAAGAAAUCUACAGGUUUCUCAAAGACAAUGGUCCCCAAAGGGCUCUGUGCAUCGCCCAAGGGCUGAAAAUGAGGACAGCAAAAGAUGUGAACCGAGACUUGUACAGGAUGAAGAGCAGGCACCUUCUGGACUUGGAUGAGCAAUCCAAAACAUGGAGGAUUUACCGCCCAGAAGAUUCUGGAGGAACAGCAGAGUCUACCUCAAUUAUUUACCAGCACAAUCCAAUCAAUGUGAUCUGCCAAAAUGGACCGAACAGCCAGAUUUCCAUUGCACGCUCAGACGCCAUCCAGAUCGGACACGGGAACACCAUGACAUGGCAUGCAGUCUCCAGGGAGGACAGUUCCACGGGUCCCUGCCACCUCCCUCCAAUGGCACCAGGUGAUUCCUCAAUUCAGGGGACCCUGGUUGAUGCCUGGGGGCCCCAGGACAUCCACAUGGAGCGGUCCAUGCUCAGACGAGUGCAGCUGGGACACAGCAAUGAGAUGCGGCUUCGCGGCGUUCCGUCCGAGGGCCCAGCCCACAGGCCCCCUGGCAGCCCCCCAGUCUCUGCCACUGCUGCCAGCCCAGAAGCUUUGUUUGAAGAAAGAAUGCCCAAUCCAGGAACUCACCCCAAGGAAGUCGCCGCCCAGAGAAUCCACAUAAAAUCGUGCUUUCUUGAGGACGCCACCAUCGGCAACAGCAACAAAAUGUCUGUCAGCCCCGGGGCAGCUGACCCAGGAGGAGCUGCAGGGUCUGGAGACAGGGAGCCAGGAGAGGAUGCAGGUGAGCUGGAGGGCAGAGUGGACCCCUGCGUGUCCUCUCUUUCUCCCCACAUUCCAUUCGUUCAUUCAUUUAUUCUCAUCAAUCACUCGCUGAUCUCUCGUUUCCCGGAGUCAGGAGGCAGUGCCCGCCCAUGGCAAAGAGCAGCGGCUCUGGAGUCAGAGCUUCCAGGCUCCGUCCCUUCAGUGGAGAGACCCACCCAAGACACUUCACCCGAGAUCGUCUGUCUCCUUAGCUGUAAAGUGGGGUGGGAAGAAUAGCCUGAAGCAACUCCUAAGUGGCUGUGAGGAAGCCGGGGCUCAGCCCAGCCCGCAUUCUGGAGAUAGGAGUGUUACUGUCUCAUCAUUGCUGUUGUGAUUGUUUGGGGCCCCGGAGAGGUGCUGGGUUGCCACGCAAAGGAGGCUUUGCAUCAGGGCACAGGCCGACCUGCCGCAGUGGAGAUGCCUCACAUGGUGGCCCCCGCUUGCUCGAAGCCCAGGCUUCAUGUCCGGGUGACGGGAGCAGGGUGGGGUUUCUUUUACCUCAGUGCUGAGUCGUCCCUGGGGCUCCGUCUUCAUCUGUGGGGUUGAACUUGGCACCAGCAAGGAGAGGGCCGAGAGGGUAGAGAGCCGGCUGCCAUCUGUGACCAAGCCCACCUACGCAUCUGUGCUGUUCCGAGGGCCUGCACUUAGCCACGGGGGACUGGGAAGUGCUGCCCGUGUCAAGGCAGCCUCAGCCCAGCAGAGACUCAGGGGAGGGGAUCCGCUGCCCACAGGAAGAGGGGAGAGGGGGAAAUCAGCACAGUUUACAGCCCAGCCACAGUUCUGUCCUUGGGGGCUGCAGAGGCUGGUGGCAGAGCCUGGGGAUCCCAACUCAGGGCCUGGGGUCGGGGCAGCUGGAAAUUCAGACAGGGCCGGUGCAAGGUGGGGACGGCCAGGACGGGGGUACCUGGUGGGCAGAACAGUGUGGACAAUGGCCUGGAGGUGAGGACAUGAUGGUGUGGGGACCCGCAUGGGUUUGAGGGUGACCUGAGCGUGGGGAGCUGAGCCAGGGCCUAGCUCCGGACUGCAGUCAAUACUAAGGCAGUUGGGAGCCAUGGAGGGCCUUGAGCAGGAGGGGUGCAGGAUGAGAUUUUUGCCUCCCAUUUAAAGAAAGAAUUAGGAGGAUUUCAGCUCCUACCCUUUUGGGAUUUGGAAUAAGGGAUCACACCCAAUCCCACCAGUGGCUGGAAAACAUGGAUUAGCUGAAUCUGGAGGACUGGCCGGCAUCCACCCACAGUGCCUAAAUGUUCAGGGCACGUAUGUCCUGGAAGUCCAGAGGGUCUCUUCAUCCCAAGGCGCACCCUUGCUGUCCCAGCACACUGAGGAGAACCUGGCCCACAUGUCUUCAGACUCUCCCUCCAGGACCCCUGGGAGUCCUAUGUGCAUGUGACAGCUGUGGAGCGGGGGCCGGGAGCACAUUCAUCAGGACCGAAGCAAUGAGCACCUAGGAGCAUGGACUCCCCUCCAGCAGCAAAGGGAGUCUCAGAAAGCUGCAAGGCCACUGGGGACCCCCAGGAGGGUGUGUGCCACUGGCCCGCCAUCCCCCAACCAGCCUGCCACCCGCCAUCGGCUUAGAACCCCACAGCACAAGAGGUCCGUAGAGCCCUAUGGGUCUCAAGCCAGACCAGUGAAGACUCCUCUUUCUGGAAAGAACACUGUGUUUUUAAAAAAUGGCCACACUCCCACAUUUGUCCUGCAACAUCCUGACAUUCUUCCCUGAGGUUCCAGCAGAGAAGUUGAUGGCGUCUUUGUCCCUUGCCCUGACCUGCCCACCUCUCUUUAACCCCAAGAAACAGCUACAGGCAUAGCUCAGAGAUAUUAUGGGUGAAUUCCAGAGCACCCCAAUAAAGCAAGUCGUGCAGAUUUUUUAUUUACUAGUGCAUAUAUAAGUUAUAUUCACCUGAUGCUGUAGCCUAUUAGGUGUGCAAUCAAUCACAUUAUAUCUAAAAAAUGAUGUACAUGCCUGAAUUUUAAAAUACUUUAUUGCUAAAAAUGCUAACCAUCAUCUGAGCCUUCUGCAAAUCUAAUCUCUUCCCUGGUGGGGGGUCUUGCCUCGAUGUUGAUGGCUGUUGACAGAUCAGGGGGGCGUUUGCUGAAGGUUGAGGCAGCUGUGGCAAUUUCUCAGAAUAAGGCAACAAUGAAGCUUGCGGCAGCAGCUGACCAUUCCUUUCCUGAAAGCUUGCUCCGUGGCACGCGAUGCUGCUUCACGGCGUUUUACUCACACUGGAACUUCUUUCAAAAUUGGAACCCAGCCUCUGUAGCCGUGCUGCUGCUGUACAGCCAGGUUUAUAUAAGUCUUAAUCCUUUGUUGCCAUUUCAACAAUGUUCGCAGCAUCUUCAGCAGGAAUAGAUUCCACCUCAAGAAGCCACUUUCUUUGCUCAUCCAUAAGGAGCAACUCAUCUGUUCAAGUUCUCUCAUGAGUCAGCGGCAGCUCAGACCUGUCUUCCUAUUCCACUCCUAAUUCCAGUUUUCCUGCCAUUUCCACCAGACCUGCAGUUGCUGCCUUCACCGAAGCCUUGAACACCUCGAAGCCAUUCAUGAAAGUUGGAAUCACCUUCUUCCAGACUCCUAUUAAUGUUGAUAUUUUGACCUCCUCCCAUGAAUCACAAAUGUUCUUAAGGGCAUUUAGACUGGUGAUUUUUUCCAGAAGAUUUUCAAUUUGCUCUGCACAGAUCCAUCUGAGGAAUCACUGUAUAGCAUUUAUACCCUUAGAAAAUGCAUGUAUUGAAGAAGAAGAAGAAGUGAACGUUGAAGUCACUCCUUAAUCCAUAGGCUGCAGAAUGGACGCUGUGCUCGCAGGCAUGAAAACAGCAUUCGUUCUUUUGUACGUCUCCAUCAAAGCCCUUGGAUGAACAGGUGCAUUGUCAAUGAGAAGUAAAAAACAAAUAUUUUUUUUUGGACCUCAACCCAGGAUCCUGAACACCCAGCUCCUAUGGUAUGGACAAUGAGCAGUAAAAUGUUAAAAGGAAUAUUUUUUUCUGAGCAGUAAGUCUCAAUGCUAGGCUUAAAAUAUUCAGUAAACCAUGCUAUAAACAGAUGUGCUGUCAUCUAGCUUUGCUGUUUCAUUCACAGAACACAGAGUAGAUUUAGCAUCAUUCUUAAGAGCUCUAGAAUUUCCAAAAUGGUAAAUGAGGGUAUGCUGCAGCUUAAAGUCACCAGCUACAUUAUCCCCAAGGGAGCCUGUCCCCUUUGAAGCUUUGAAGUCAGGCAUUGACAUCGCCUCUCUCUCGUGCUUUGGAAAGUUCUAGAUGGCACCUUUUUUCUUUUUUUUUUUUU